AUGAUUGAAACGACUAGUUUGGAGUCUUUUAGCACCCUGGAAAAAGGACUGUCGUUAGAUUUAGACUCAGCUACUGAAGUAACACCAGGGUGUGAAACUAAAUUAGCAGGAAAAGAGUCAAACAUGGGAAGCGUGAAGAACCUCUACAAGAAGGUUCGUCUGGCCAAGAAGAUGAAACAGAACAGACCUCUGCCGCAGUGGGUGAGAAUGAAGACAAACAACACCAUUCGCUACAAUGCCAAGAGGCGACAUUGGCGACGAACCAAGAUAAAGAUCUAA